AUGAGCGAACAGGAACUCGCCACGUAUCACCCUAUCAACCAAUCACGCAGCAGCAAGCGCUUGGUCUACGUGCUCUUCGCGGUCGUCCUCCACAGCGUAGCUUUCCUCAUACUCGGGCUCAUCUUCCUCCGCGUCCGGAGCCCCACCCUCCGCCUCUCGACGGCCGCCGUCACCGGACUCAGCCACGGCAACAACUCGUUCGUGAACGCCACCGUUGUCGUCGGGGCCCACCUGCUCAACCCCAACUUCGGGCGGUUUAGGUUCGGGGACGGGCACGUAACUUUGGUGCAUGAAAACACGACAAUCGGGUCCGGGAGCAUCGGGUGGGGCUCGGUUGGCGGUAGAGGGAGAAGAGAUAUGAACGUGACCGUGAGCGUUGGUUAUUAUAAUAUUGUGAAUAAUUUAAGCAAUAGUGAUGUUUUUGGUAUUAUUGGUGUGAGGGCUAUUUGGGAGGUGAGGGGUGAGGUGCGGGUGAUGGGGAGUAUGAGGCGACGGAGGAGUGCUGUAGUGGAUUGUACCUUUGGUUUGAACGUGACGAGGCAGGGGAUCCAACAUUUGUUAUGUUAG